AUGUUGCCAUCCUCCGUUCGCCGGGCUGUGUGGACGCCCAUUGUGCCUAUUUCUGCCAUCUCUCGAACAUCCAGUCAAGCUCUUGCUUCGUCUUCGAAUGGGUUCUUCGGCACGACCGAGCAUGUGCGUCAACGCCGAUACUCCUCCUCUUCCUCAAAGCCCAGCGAUGGUUCAAGAAACAUCGAUGCUUCCUCGCAGACACCCGCGAAAAGCGUGAACUCCGGGGAUAAGCGUGAAGGUAAAUCUUCGAAGCGGAGGGGAAAGGAUGGCCGGAAUGGCUCCAAGUCCAAUCAGCAUGCUGCGUUUUCGAGAUUGCCCAGUGUUCCGUCAACGCAACAUCUACAGCCACACGGUCAGUAUUACUUGAUAUGCAGAGUCAACUAUGUCACUUUUGGCUUCGCACAUAUCCAUGUUGCGUCAUUCUUCUCCAUUCAUCGACCUAUCUCUGUCUCUACCACUGUACCUCCACCCUCCAGUCCCGAAGCCUUUGAUGCCAUCUUCACCGCGAAGAAGCCCUCCAAGUCCGACCCGGCCGAUGUGAUUCUUACACUUUCUUCCGCCGUUCAUAACAUGGAGAACGCGGCGUACCUCGGCGAGCAAGAAGACCAGAUGAACAUCCUGAGUCGGGGCUUCAAUGAGGCGGAGGGCCUCGAAGGAAUGAACAUGUCCGAAUUGCGAAUCUCGAUCGAAGAACUCACCAAACGCCUGCGUCCCUUCCAACCCCCGCCACCUCCAGUGGCCUACGACGAGGCCAAGGAUGCCAGCGCCACCGAAGAGACCUCCAGCUUCUCGACUGUCCUGACCAUCCACGAGUCCACGCAUCCAGACGGCCGCAAGACAUACCAAGCCCAUGCUUCCCCAUUCGUCCCCACGCAGGACCUGGAGGCUCCCGGCGCUGGGGAGAACGAUGCUAUCAUCGAUAUUCCCCACGGGUCGGAAAACUCAUACAUCGAGCGCCUGCGCGAUAACAACACCAUGCAUGCCAUCAGCACCAGGAGACGGCGCAAGCUGAAGAUGAAGAAGCACAAGUUCAAGAAGCUGCUGCGCAGGACGAGAACCCUGCGACGCAAGCUGGACAAGGCUUAA